AUGGAGGCAGUUGACCUGGUCAUCGUCGGUGCAGGACCAUACGGUCUAAGUGCUGCAAAGACGUACCUGGAAGUCUACCCUUCCGCCAACGUUGUCGUUCUGGAGGCGGAAUCGUCCAUUGGAGGAGUCUGGGCAAAGCAUCGCCUCUACAAGGACUUAUGCACAAACAAUGUCUUUGGCUCAUAUGAAUUCCCAGACCUUGCCAUGGAUACGGAGACAUUUGGUGCAGAAAAAGGGAAACCUAUACCCGGACCGACCAUGCAUGCAUAUAUGAACGCAUAUGCGAAGAAGUUCAGCCUAACAGAGAGGAUACGUCUUCGAACGAGGCUCGUCUCUGCCGAGCAUAGAGAAGAUCCAUCAUCAUGGCUACUCACUGUUGAUGAGAACAGCGACGGAAUGGAGGCUACAGUUGGAGGCACUUCAACCAUCCUUACACGGAAACUGAUAAUGGCAACGGGAAUGACAUCACGGCCACAUCUGCCCAAGUUCAAGGGCCAGGACACAUUUGAGGCACCUAUAUUUCACUCUAAAAACAUGCCAAAGUAUGAAAGCGACCUGCUGCACCCGGACAAGACUGUGGUCGUAUAUGGCGGUGGCAAAACUGCCUGGGACAUGGCCUACAUCUGUGCCGCUGCUGGAGUGUCAGUCAACUUUGUCAUCCGUGAAAAUGGCCGUGGGCCUGCCUGGAUGACCCGGGCCAGGAUAACGCCGCUCAAGAUAUUGCUGGAAUACCUGCUUCUGACCAGAUGCACGACAUGGAUGUCUCCUUGUAUCUGGGCGACAACAGGGCCGACAAAGUUCCUCCAUGAGACCUGGCUGGGUAGAAAGGUUAUCAAUGGUUUCUGGGCCUUGGUGAAGAACGAUGUGGUAACCGCUAAUAAGUAUAACAAACACCCAGAGGUCAAGAAACUGACGCCAUGGCUUGAUCCGUACUGGGUGGCCACAUCUCUGAGCAUCCUGAACUACCCAAGUGACUUCUUUGAUUUUGUGAGGAGUGGCCAGAUCAAGGUGCAUAUCGCGGACAUCGAUUCUCUCUCUAGCCGGACGGUUCACCUUUCCAACGGUACCUCUCUCGGGGCCGAUGCUGUGAUAUGCGGAACCGGCUGGGAAGCUCGAUCUCCCGUAACGUUUCUGCCUGACGGGAUCGAAGAGCAGCUUGGGGUGCCCUGGGCCCCAGAGCCGCUGGACAAGUCACUCCUGGAGGCGGCAGAUAAGCAUAUUCUGAGACAGUUCCCUCAACUCAAGACCUCUGCCAAAGUAAACGAGCGCUAUAAGCAUUACUCUGCAGACGCCGAGACACAGUCCUCUCAUCCAUAUCGGCUGAUCCGAUUCAUGGCACCUCCCAGGCUAAAAGACCGAUCGAUUGUUUUCCUUGGAACAGCUACCAACAUAGACACGCCCAUCACGGCUCAGGUACAGGCUCUCUGGGCCACGGCGUACCUCUCAGACCGGCUUGAAGUGCGUCCGCUGGUGGCCCGGCCAGCUGAGCCCAAGCCGACGGCAGAGGAAGACAAGACGGACUGGGAGGUAGCUCUCCACUCGCAGUUCAGCAUCUGGCGGUAUCGAGAGGGUAUGCGCAUGCGUAACCCAGACUUUGUCUUCGAGUCCAUACCGUAUAUUGACUUGAUGCUGCAAGAUUUGGGCCUGCAACACCGCCGCAAAAAGGGGUUCUUCCGUGAGAAUUUCACCGUGUAUCGGCCGCGAGAAUACCAGGGCAUGAUAGAUGAAUGGAAAGCAAAGAAUAUGACAUCUUCCACCAGCACUGAAUAA